UUGACUGGAGUUUUGAAGAUGGCGGCGCCCUGUGAGCUGUUUUGCUGGAAGGCUGGUUUGGGUUUACCGUCAGUAAACACAGAUUGUCUCAUCGUACUGGCUUACGCUCGCUUUGCUGGAGCUCCACUCAAAAUUCACAAGAUCUCUAACCCCUGGAGAAGCCCCACAGGUUCACUUCCAGCUCUCAGGACCAAAGAUGAGGGCAGCUGCUCACAACCCAGUCAGAUCAUCAUUCAGCUGAGGAAACAGAAAUUCAAUGCAGACUAUGAUCUUUCAGCCAAGGAAGGUGCAGACACGCUGGCCUUUAUCUCUCUGCUGGAGGAGCGACUGUUGCCGGCGCUGAUCUACGCAUUAUGGAUCGAUCCUAAGAACUAUGUGGAAGUGACGCGCCGCUGGCAUGGAGAGAAUAUGAGCUUCCCUCUUAACUUCUUCCUGCCGGGCCGCAUGCAGAACAGGCAGCUGGAGCGACUCCGACUGAUCCGAGGGAACAGCACGCUUGAGGCAGGAGAAGAGGCAGAGAAGGAGCUGUACCAUGAUGCUCUGGAGUGCUUGAAUCUUCUCUCUCAGCGUCUGGGAUUGAACAAAUUUUUCUUUGGAGAUUCGCCAUCUUCUCUGGAUGCAUAUGUGUUUGGUCAUCUAGCGCCGCUUCUUAAGAUCAGGCUGCCUAACUGCAGACUGCAGCAGAACUUGAAGAACCUGGACAACCUGAACACAUUCUGCUCUAACAUUCUCACUCUCUACUUUCCCAAUGAGAGUAUCGAGGGCGUCAGUCGUCCGGUGUCCAGCACGCAGCCGGGAAGCGACUUGGACAAUGAGCCGUACAAGAGACGCAAGCAGCUGCUCUCCGUGCUGGUUGCGGUCGCAGCUAUGUUGAGUUAUGCUCUACUCACCGGCAUAGUGGCUAUUGAGCAUGUGCAGGAGGAGGAGCCUGUAGGCCCUGCCUCACUCAUAGGCCAUUCCCAUGAGGAAGAAGAGGAGGUGUGAAGGAGAAGAAUGAAUGAAAGUAGGGCUUUCUGUUGGUUGCACUGGAAUGUUCACUUCAACAUGGUGCAGGAACUGUAUUGUUGGGCAUAUACGUUUUAUUUAUUCAUUGACUUGAGCUUUAAUUGCAUGAUAAUCUUUGGUUUUAUUUUAAUUUUUUUCCCCCAUUGAGCUGCACUUGCUUUAAUCUCUUGUCUGGGUUUGUUGAUGUGUCUACUUUUUCUGAAAUACUGUAAUUCGGUACCAAUUGGUACUAUAAUUUUAAAAACGUCCGUUUCCUGUGAACAUUUGAGCGCUAUUGAGCAUGUUCUUAAACACCGCUGGUUUGCCAUUGUGUUCACGUGCUUAACAGAAAUGACUGUGAUUGCCCGUACAGGGACACUGGAGCAUUUCAAAGUUACGUUGAUCAGCUGGUUUGUCUAUAAGCUGACAUACAAGCGAUCCACCAAUGAAUCCCGGCUUUAAAAUGCUCCAGUGUGCCUGUAUCUGUGGUUACACUCAGUAAACAGCAGCGAACUGAUGACCUUCACAGCCAAUCACGGUCAUUUCUGUUGAGCACAUGAACACAAUAGCAAAUCAGCGCUGUUUAAGAACGUGCUGAACAGCACUCACGUUUAAGUAUCAAAUUUCAGUAUCGAUUGAUACCGAAUUCCAGUAUUGUGACAACCCUACUUUGUAGCUAAUAUAUUUCAGAUGAGAAAGCACUUGAGAGCUGAGGGAAACCCAAAACUUUAAUUUUGUGGACCAAAACAUUAAUUAUAGUGAGAUUUAAGCUCUUUUUACUGCUUUACGAUAAUAAGAAUUUGUAUCUUAUGAGCAUUUGCCUUGUAUGUAUUGACAUUCAGACUGUGUUUUUCUCGCUUUAACGCACAAUUUCAUUCACUACUAGUUUGUGGUUAUACUAUAGUUCCAGUUUAAACCGAAGUAGAUCUACGAGAACAAAAUGGUGUUGAUUCAGAUGACAUAUUUUGUAGGAUUGCUUAUUCCUGCACAGUGAAAAUAUUGAGAAUUUUGGAUUUUUACUAUGUUAAAAAAACAGCAGUGAACAGUGUGUGUACAAUUUUUUUAUGAGUAAUCUGCAGCCAUACUAUCUAUAAUUUGUGUAAUUAAUUGUUAAAGUAUUCCCUUUCGGUCAGAUUUGUACUUGUACGUAUUCAAAUUUGGAGCAGCACGCUUGGUCACAUGAGAUUUGCCAUUACUAAUAUGCAUUCUGAACAAUUGAAUAUUAGCUUAUAAUGAGAUAAUACGAGGUCAUAAGAUUUUUUGUCUACAUGUGAUGUAAACACAUUGCUUUGGGAUUUCUAUUUUCAUACUUUAAAGGGGAAAUAAAUGGUCCAGAGUAAUCUUAAUUA